UAUUAUUUACCUACGUCUUUAGCAGUGCCCGUUAUCCUUCCGAGUUCGGACUUUCACAUCUGAAUCACUUACUUUCAUCAUCUACGUUUACCUUACUGCUUGUAUCUUUGACUCUCUCUCUCGCAAUACACCCCGUUGGCGUGUGUAGCUCUUCGGUUAAAGGACCUCGUAAGGUAUCGUAACCUUUACACUUUUUUACACAUCUUUCAUUGUGUAUUGUGCUGCGGAGAACCACAGUAGGCUAACGCUUACAGAACUACUUUUUACUGCGACUUCUCUCUUCGAUGGCUCAACGCUCAACCUCGGAGAGCUCUGCUGCCGUGCAGCAACCAACCACUCGACCCGAAUCUCGACAAGCUGUCGAAAUCCUUCAGCAGUUGCCGAACUACACGCCCUCCACCGAGCGUGCGUCGUUAUCGCUACUGACUGCCCCCAUACCUGCAUUGUCCACUGGAAAUGCGAGUUCCGUACCGCUGACCACUGCGCCGGCCCUCCUCGUGCACUCUAACGUGCUGUAUCGACCAUCAGGUAUCAUCACGUUGCCUGAAGGUACUCCCGCAUUGGAGACGUCCAUCAUCGGACAUCUGCGGCCAGCGACGUUCUCGGAAUCUCGCUCACCUCCUCACUCAAUCGCCCCAUCUGUGGCCAGAUCCAGUCACUCUACGCACAUGUCGUCCAUCCACCACGCCCCAGACGACGUAUUAGAGCAAGAAUUGGCUCGUCGACAACAGCUAAGAGCUAUGGGUGCAUACGGCCAGUCUCGUGGCUCGGCUCCUCCUGCCUAUGCCCACGAAAUUACAGAUUCAUUUCAUUUUCCUCCAGUAUCUACUCAUGCUACAUGUGAACAGCUCCCAGCGUUGGUAUCACCUGUAACCACUCCUCCAACGUCAACUGACUCCCCGCAAGUCACCUCUUCCGGGGAAGCUAUGCCGGUUGUAUUCCCUGAUCCACCUGAGGCUACGCCUGAGGAUGUAAACCGAUUUAUCGAGGAACGAGUUCGUCUCGCGGCUCGACGCUAUAAGGAUGGACUUAUCUCCCUUUCGACGCAACGUCAGACUACCCUUGGUACUGUAUUCCACAGUAUACCUAGGCUAGCAAUUAAUAAGUUUUUUGCUGCUAAUUUGAACGCCUCCGGGCAAUUCAAUCCCAUUCCCACUAAUGUGAGACCUGAGUUAGGUGAUUAUCACCAUAGCACAGACGAGUACAGUGCGAACAUCAACGCUGCUGUCGAUAAUCUCAGCCUGCCUCAACAGCCAGGUGAAACUGGUUCCAACUAUGCACGACGUCGUCAUGCCCAUGCUCGGCUAUCGACGCCACUUAUUAAAGGUGAAUCUUCACCCACUGUCCCGACUUCACAUAGUUCGGAAACUCAAAAAACAGUUGAUGCCUUGAAUGAAGCUCGACGCGAGGUCUUCAAUCGAGGUUUACUUCAACAAUUGCAUGAUGAGGACAUGCUAUUGUAUGGACAAACCAUGGUCCCUGACCAGGGUGUUCAUAUUGAUCUGCAUUCGGAUUUUUCUUCCGCAUAUACGCUCGGAGGUGUACAACCCUCUUCGAGCUUGAUUUCCACCGCCGGAAAACACCUCUGUGCCUCCGACCGGUGUUCCCACUGCUCACAGCGGAACAAGGCUCUGAUCUCUAAAAUUAAGGGUGAGUAUGAUAGUGAUGCUGAUGAUGAGGACGACGUCCCUCCUACUCCUAGGAAGAGUAGAUAUGUUCCCCCACAUCGUCGGCCACCAUCUCGACAUCCUAAGGUCAAGAAGGAUGAACCCCCUCUCCAGUUUGGUGACUCGAGACCUCGAGACCAACCUACAAGACCUGAGGCUAGUACUAGGCCAAAUACUCGUAUUCCCGGUGAAGAACAGAGGCCACGACCAUCGCAGGCUCCACCACAGCCUAGGACUCGUGUAGGAGCUGCUGCACCUAAUCUUGAUCCAGGAGAUGACGGAUCCUCUAGUGAUUCGCAGGAUUCCACUCCAGAUCCUCUGAAUCCACCACCUAAUGGUCCUAACCCUCCUAAUCGUCACCCAGAUCCACCAACGCCGCCUCGACAGCGUCCUAAUCGUCCACAACGUGGUGCUACACCUCUAGUGCCUUCACCUCGACCCCAGGCCAUUCCUGUGAGCGCGCAGUCGAAUCACUAUGAUCUUCGCGAGCCUGCUAGUUACUUCGACUCUGUUUUGGCUCGUAACCAACCUCGUCGGCCACAACAAGCCCAGGACUCGACCUCACAUCGAGAGCAAAAUCCAGCACCUCCUCAACGAACUGCACCACAUUCGGAGAAUCAUGCAAGCCCAAUUAAUGUGGAUAGUCCCACUUCGUCUCGUAAUCUAGGUGCAGGUCGUCCUCCUAACGAUCCUCCUCCUCCGCCACCACCUGGAGGACCAGGAUCUCAUCGUAGCGGUUCCAGUAGCCGACAUUCGUCAUGCUCUGAUAACCCACAAGCUCGCGAACUGACUCCUGCUCAUUUUCAGGAAGUCCAUUUCACAUCUCAGGAACCUCGUUUCAACAACGAGGAGAUAUUCGAGUAUCUCCCUGUUAUGAGAUCUGAGGUUGAAAUUAUGCUUGCGAUUUUUCAGCGCUAUGAACGCCUCGUGAAUCGCAAUCUCUUGCGUGUUCAACGAGGACUGGAUUCUAAUGUCCAGAAAACAUCUUUACAGAGUAUUCCUCGUCCCCAAAAAUAUGAGGGAAGCUCUGACCUUAUAGAAUUCGAUGAGUGGAUCUUCUCUAUCAUUAGAUGGAUGAAGAUCGCAAAUAUUUGCGGCCCUGUUUAUACUGAAGAUGAAUGGGGUAGACAGCAGCUUUCUGCCAUUGAUAUGCAGCGUACGAGCACUCUUGCAACCUUUUUGGGGGGAGACGCCCGUACGUGGUAUAACAAUGUAGUUGAAGACACACCUAUCGCUUAUACCAAUAAUGCGAAUGGUGAAGAUUUUCCUACUUUCAUGGAAGUAAUUAACGGUCUGUACCGUCGAUUUAUCCAUGAAUCUUCAUUAUAUGCUGUUAACGAACACUUUGAGCGUGUUCAGUACACUUUUGAAGGUGGUGUUCGCCAGCUAUUUGCGAGUUUAUUACGAUUUGCAAACAUGAUGCCUUCACCACCAGACAUCUAUACGUUCCGACGACGUCUAAUGAUCUCGUUACCUUCAAAUAUUCGUCAGGAAGUCACUCGCAUGGGUCUCACUGCUGAGGUUUCGACUGUGAAUGAUAUUAUGCAGCGUGCUCUUAUUGUUGAGAAGGGUAUCCGUGCAGAACGAUAUUACAGUCAACAACGGCAAGACCAUAUAUCUCGACUUCAUAAGUCAUCGAAGGAGAAUGCCAAAUCUGCAAAGAAGAGGCGUUCUCCAUCACCUCGUAAAUUCAAGAAGGUUCAGGGUGAGCGCCAUAGCACUCGACCCAAUCCUGGCUACGAAAAAUUCAAGCGAAUUCGUGAUCAGCCCAAGAAGGAUCGUCCAUCUUCAGGGCAUAAAUCAUCGCACCCACACCACUCUAAAGACAAGGGAAAAUCGAAUCCUAACUCGAAAAUCCCUACCUGCUACGGCUGUGGGAAGAAGGGACAUUACUCCAAUGAUCCCUCAUGUCCGGAGUACGGAAAGCGAAGUUCCGGAGAGAAAUUGUACCACAUUGUGGAUGACAACUCUCCAGACAAUUCGUCUGUGAAUUCAGCAUCGGAUCAUGAAUCCUCCGAUGAGGAGUAUCAUACAGAGGUUGAAAACCCACCGGAUUGGACUAACCUCUCAGAAGACGAACCUGGAAAUUCUUCCGGGCACCAGUCUCCCAAUAAUUCUGAUGCUGAAGACCCUUAUGGUGGAACUUCUUUGUUAACAAUCAUACUGUUGACAUUGACUGACCCUUCUUUUGACGACGAUACCCCGUUGAUGACCGGCUCGAACUACGAGACCGACCUCAACCUGAUUAUCGCGACCCUCACCGCCCUAACUAUCAUCACCUUAACCAUUCGGUGUUGCCGCCAGCAGAGACGCGUACGAGCCCAGCUUCCAUUCCACUACAUCCCGGCUACACCAGCCUACCCGCCGCCCGUAAUCUUCAUCCCGGCGGCCUCUCAGCAAACUCUUCACGAUGGCCGACCCAUCACACCCAGAGGACCUGGAGAGUCCCUCUACACAUCGUCGCGAUCCAGCUCGGGAUCCUCAGAGUCGAGCACAGACUCCUACAGAAGCGCUACCGCCGAGUCAGACUCAGACCACUCCGUCGACAUCACCGAUACCGGGGGGGUACUCCUCGACAGAGGAGACUCGCCCCUACCAGGUCUCUUCGACGUCGCUCCAGUCGAGGGCGAGUCAAGCGCCGACGGAGCCCGAAGACAAGGCACCAGGCAUCUGGUCGCGAGCGAAGAAGGCUCUGACACCGAGUUCGAAGGCGACGAGCUCACCGAGCUCGAAAGAGUCCGACUCGAAGACCUCCUCCGCGACCUCUAUCCGAACGAGGAGGAGGAUGCAACCUAUACCGGAGAUAACUGGAGCGGGCGCUCCCAAAACCGGUGGAGCAUGGCAGAGUGGGGAUCGGCGACAAGAGGCGCCGCAAGAAUCAACGACACCUGGGAGCAGGCCAGGGACAGAAGGGUGGCGAGCGACAUCGCCAGAGACCACGCCCGCUACGAGGCAGCCCGGGGACGUCGCGACGACUUCAAUGACAACUCCGGAGAGCUUGGCCUCGGGGCCUCCGCGGCUACCACCCGUCCAACUGAGCCACAGCCUGUUUCAGGCUCCUGGCCAACCGAUCGGGGAAGAGCAGUUGCCUGGUACCCCCGUACCAGUUGGGUCUACGCCGACGACGACAGGAAAGAGGCUUCUGUGGCCGGAGAGUCGACCAACUCCGGAUCCGAGUCAGAGUCCGACCAGAUCACUACAAGGCCCACGACCCCAACGCUCGCUCCCGCCGUCCCCGCGCACGAGCCGACGAAUGGGGAGCUUUGGAGCGAGUACGGUGAGCUCGAUGCUGAGGAACUUGGAACAGUUACCGUUUCCGAGCGACUCGCCGGAGUCUCCAACUGGGAGCCGUCAGUACCGUCGCGAGCCUUCGCCGACCCCGUCCCUCUAUCCCAGCAUCCGUGGCCGCUCCUCUAUCACACGUACGUCGAGUCCCUCGGACUCCCUCGAAAUGUCCGGGAGUCCCCAGAAGUCGAGGCCCGAAUGGAGCGCGGAAGAGCGCAUGAUGCACGCAUCCGUCGGGCCGAGGAGGACGCCCUCCAAGGACCCGACAGCUGGUGGGACCUACCCCUCGAGCCCGAUGCCACCAGAGCAGAAAUUGAGAACCGAAUACGAGCAGCCGCCGUCCGAUAUACCGGAGCGGCACGAAGAGCAGGAACCGAUUUGGAGGCCCGAAGAAGAGCCUGGGCCUCCUACCAGUCCGAGAUCUCUGACCCCGACUCCGACAUCAAGAGGCAGGAGAGAAACGCAAGAAUCGACCGCCUCGCCCGAGAGAGGCAGAAGGACAAGGAUGCCCAGCCGCCCGCCGAACCGGACCCUAGAACCGACGGUAAUGGCAGCGGUGAGGCAGGUCCUUCUUAA